AUGGAUCUCUUUGCUCGCUUCGCAGCCAAUGCCGAAGUAUCUGAUGCCUCUUCGGCCAACUCCACAGCUCCCGCGGAAGAGCAAAUCUUCAAGCUAUAUCACUACCACCCUUCAGAAGUCGGUGCUAUUAUAUUUCUGCUGGCAUUCUUGGUUACCACUCUUUGGCACUGUUGGCAGCUGGUACGCACCCGCAUAUGGAUCAUGAUACCCAUCAUCGCCGGCGGCAUAUUCGAGAUGGUCGGGUACGGUGGGCGAUUUGCCUCGGGCAAGGAGACCCCUGACUGGACUUUGACGCCAUACAUUCUCCAAGCCAUCCUGUUGCUCGUCGCUCCCGCCCUUUUUGCCGCGACCAUUUACAUGGAGCUCGGGAGAAUCGUCACCCUCAUAGACGGCGAGGGUCAUUCUCUUAUUCCCCGCAAGUGGAUGACCAAGCUGUUUGUUAUCGGCGACGUGCUCUCCUUCUUCCUCCAAGGCGGAGGUGGCGGCUACCAAGCAUCUGGUACCCUUGCGGCUCUGAAGACGGGCGCAAACAUCAUCAUUGUCGGCCUCUUCGUCCAGCUCAUCUUCUUUGGCAUCUUCCUCGUCGUCGCCGUCAACUUCCACGUCAGAGUCCGUCGCGCCCCGACGGCCCGCUCACGCAUCGGCAUCCCCUGGGAAAAGCACCUCAAGAUUCUCUACGCCGCCGGCAUGCUCAUCAUGGUGCGCUCGCUGUUUCGCGCCGUCGAGUAUCUUCAGGGCUUCGACGGGUACCUGCUCAGCCACGAGGUGUACCUGUACAUUUUUGACGCGCUGCUGAUGUUCAUCACCAUGGUGCUGUUCAACUUUGUCCAUCCGGCGGAGAUUUUGGGACAAAAGGGCAGGAUUGCGAGUUUUGCGUCGGGCAUCGGGCUGCAGCCUCGGUAUUGA